AUGGCGUUAAUGAUGGAUAGUUUGAGUGGAAGUGCUGCUUUGAAAGCUGAUGGUGCUACAGCAAUAUGUUUUGCACAGGAAGGGUUAUCGCUGCACGAUUUGAAUGCCGGAACUUCUGGUCUUUUGAACGGUCCAGAUAUCCAAGUUUUCGAAUCGGAAUAUGAGGGACAAUUUUUAUCCCCGUCAACAAGUGCAUUUUCUUCUUACUCUCAUAGUCCACAGUCUUCUUCAGAGGAUGGCUCAGCAUGUCAUGAUGUAAUUAGCUGUAGUGAUACGUUUAUUGCUCCUGGACCGACUUCUUGUGUAUUUCUGGAAAAAGAGUUGAAGAGGUUGUAUGCCAAGGAAGAUUUUGAUGUCCUGGAAAGUUUAGGAGAAGGUUUUUUUGGAGAUGUGUUCAAGGUUAAACAUCGUAUUACUGGUGAGGUAAUGGUACUCAAAGUGGGUAAAGAUCGUGAGCGGGAGAAUCGCUCUCGUGCGAAGGCUAGCGUACUGAAGGAAGUUUCUGUACUUAACCAGUUAACAGAGCACCCGAACCUUCUAGCUUUUCGUGGGGUUUGCGUAGACAUCGAUCCAAGCGGGGGACUUUGGAAUCUUCAUAUUUUGGUAGAUUACUGUGAUGGAGGGAGUCUAAAUCGUUUAAUUUGUGAUACGCAGCGAGUGUUCCCUUGGCGUUUAAGAUGCUCCCUUGGUCGAGACAUCGCAUGUGCAAUGUUGUAUGUACAUUCGAAAAAUAUAAUGCAUCGUGAUCUCACCAGCAUGAAUGUCCUGCUACAAACUGCUGCAAAUGGUACUAAAGCUGUAGUUGCUGACUUUGGGCUAUCUUGUCGAAUACCGCACGUCAACGAAUGUCUAGUUCAAGUUGGCACACCUUACUGGAUGGCGCCGGAGUGUUUGAAAGAGGAGUUUUAUGAUCAAAAUGCGGAUGUAUUUUCGUUUGGAAUAAUUAUGUGUCAGAUGAUAGCUCGAAUUGAUGCGGAUCCUGAAGCUGGCAUGUAUCGGACUAAUAAUUUCGGCCUUGAUUAUAUGCGGUUUCUAGCCCAUUGCCCAAUGGAUACUCCCCUUGAACUACUAAAAUUGGCGUUUCAAUGUGUUGUGAUGGACCCGGCAAAACGACCAUCUUUUGUUAGGAUCCACGACCGUUUGAACGAAUUUUUAUCAUCUUAUUCAAGGGACCCGGAAAAUAGCAACACCCUUAGGGUUGAUGUCGCGUUUGCUGACUCAAAGUUGGGAAGAUCACUUUCCGAUGCAGUUUUGAAGUCACCUCCAUCGUUCAAACCAGUUCCAACAAAGUUCUUUCAAGUACAAAAGGAAAAGGAUGAUGCCAAAGUUUCAGAAGGUAUGUCUAGUUUGGAAGCUCGCCGUCCUGCAAUACUUGUUGAAGGAAUACCAUUGUCCGGGUUUGAAAAUAAGGGCUUGGUAACAGAACAGACAAACAAAAGUCGAAUGGAAGAAUUGGCCAGGAGUGUUGCUGUCAAGGAAGUGGAAUUGAACGAGGGGAGCUUGGAAAGUGGUAACCCUUUUAUUUGUCAUGAAGUGUACAGUACAACAAGGAAAUUAGCAUUGCCUGAUAUGGUUCCUGAUCAAAGACGUGGAAGUUCUACAAGUGAAAGGCAAAGGGAUCGAGGCUAUACUCAUACUGGUGCAACUGAUCCUUAUGUUUUAGUGAGAACUCUUUUUACGAAUGAGUUUGAGCUUUCUGAAAUUAAUGUUGUGAGUGAUUGCGAAAUUUGCUUUAGUGAUGGGGAUAUGGAUGCCGUGUUUACGAGCGACAUCUUUCAUAAGGGUGAUGACAGUCCGAGGGGACGUUGUCGAAGAAGCAUUUCUAUGCCAUGUGGUCUAGCUUCAACUAGUCGAGUAAUCUCACUUGAUGAGGACCUUGUAAAUCCCUCAUUCUCAUCUCCUUACCAAACAAUGUCACCUCUUUGCCCUUUUGUCGUGGACGGCAUUCAGUGUGCUUUGCAAGGUCGUAUGACCAUGAAUUUCAAGCACGAAGAUCAGAAAUUCACUUCUCGUCGAUAUCCUUCUCGACGUCACACAGUGAUGGAUGGUAAUUUAGUUUCUAAAGAGGGACUCCCACUAGAAUCUCUUCAGGUCUUGCAGUCUUUUACUCCUGAAGAGUUCAGGCGUUUACCAACGGAUUCGAAUUAUGCAGUGCAGUCAACAAAGCCACAUGGGUCUAGUUCACCAGGCAAGUGA